UACAGCUAUGUGGCUCUACCUGGCUGUCCUGGUGGGGCUUUACCUCCUUCGUCGCUGGUACCGGGAGAGACAGACGGUGGAGAGCCUGACGGAGAAAUACGUCUUCAUCACCGGCUGCGACACUGGCUUUGGGAACCAGCUGGCCAGGCAGCUGGAUGCUCGGGGUCUGCGGGUGCUGGCCGCUUGCCUCACUCCGGAAGGGGCAGAGCGUCUGGAAAAAGUCACUUCUGACCGGUUAAAAACCACCCUGCUGGAUGUCACCAGCACUGAGAGAGUGGCAGCAGCCGCUGAGUGGGUGAAAACAUGCGUGGGGAACAAAGGGCUCUGGGGCUUGGUCAACAACGCAGGUACAGGUGACCCUGUAGCUAUCAAUGAAUGGCUGACUAAGGAGGACUUCGCCAAGGUGCUGAACAUCAACCUGCUUGGGCUGAUUGAUGUGACGUUGCACACGUUGCCCCUGGUGAGGAAAGCCAAAGGGAGGGUGGUCAAUGUGAGCAGUGUGAUGGGAAGACUGGCAUGCUUUGGAGGAGGGUAUUGCCCAUCCAAGUACGCUGUGGAAGCCUUCUCAGACACUCUGAGGUAAACUUUAACUUUCUCUAUUAAUUAGUUAAGGUCCAUGGAUCCUUUGCCACUUUAAUCUGGAGCAAAUAGAUACACAGAUAGUCUGAGCUGCAGUGAUUUCUAGCAGAUGCUGUGAAAUAUGGUUGUGGCUGUUAAGGACUGUCCCAAAGAUCUGAACGCACACUUAACUUUGCUUGAGAUAAAAGCGGUGCUGGAGUGACAAUCUUUUGGUGGCCAGGGAAUGUCACAGUAGCUAGCAAUAUUAUGUGCAAUAAUAAAUAGGAACAAUUUACAAAGAAAUGGAUGGAUAGGGCAGACAGGAAUGGACAAGUUAUCUAGGCAUGGCCCAGUCUCAACAUUUGAAUAGCGUACUGUCCAAAUAGUAAUAGACGGGACUGAUAGAAAAAUUAGAUGUGUUUUACUUUAUCUAAGGUAAAUAAAGCUAAUUAAAAUGAAAUAUAGAAAGAUGACUACUAUUCAGGCAUGCCUUUAGUAUUUUCGCCUGUUAUAUCAAAAUCAUAAUUUAGCACUGAUUUGGGGAAGUCCCAGAGUCGCUCCCUGAGAGAGAUGGGCAGUGACUAAAUUU